AGAGACAUCAGGCUAAGAGCAUCUUGGAGACCAACAAGUGAUCAUCUGUCUGACAACAGUUGUUGAACAUUGAAUUUGACCUGCAGCAAAAGAUGUUGGGCUUUAUUUUCACUCUGCUCAUUCUGACACCAGCAGCUGCUGAAGUGGGUCUUGGUGGAAAAGUUCUUUUGUUUCAAACCCAAACUGCUACCAGUUAUGUUAAACUGACUCCUGAUAAACCCCUGAGUCUGUCAGCGUUUACUCUCUGCAUGCGUGUGGCGACCGAGCUGCUGGGCGAGCGAUCGGUCAUUCUGUUCGCCUACCGCACUUCUGAAGUUGAUGAACUCAAUGUGUGGAGACGGAAAAAUGGCAGUGUGGGUUUGUUUAUUCAGACUAGUAGCAAUCCAGCAAGUUUCUAUCUUCCCCCUCUCUCCACAUUUCAGACACAUCUGUGUGUGUCCUGGGAGUCUGCAACUGGUCUUACUGCUUUUUGGGUGGACGGGCGUCGCAGUUUGUACCAGAUCUAUAAGAAAGAUGCCUCUGUCAGACCUGGCGGCACCGUACUGCUCGGACAGGACCCUGACUCAUAUGUAGGUUCGUUUGACGCAAAUCAGUGCUUUAUUGGUGAAAUUACAGAUGUGAAACUGUGGGAUUAUGUUCUGUCUGAGAUCCAGAUUAAGGCUUUGUAUUCAAACCAGGAUCCGUUGGUGCCAGCGGGAAAUGUGUUUGACUGGGACACCGUCAAAUAUGAUGUUGUUGGAAAUGUGACGGUGGCUAAUGAUAAUCACUGAUCUUGAUCUGUUGUAGCGCAUUGUGUGUUUCACGUGGUUGUGUCUAUCUUUAUAGUCUGUUUAUCUCUUUUAAUAAAAGCUGGAAGGCCUAUCAAAUAAAUCUUUCUCAGCAUUUCAA